CGCUUACAGGAAGAUAACAGAACUGUUUACCAGAAAAUCGACUACACAUGAAAAGAUACCUGAGGCAAAUGAGCGGGAAGAUCAGGAUAAUCCGAUAGUGCUUAUGCCUCAAGGAAAUGCGAAUUGCAAAUGUCCCUCGACGGCUCCUGAUCUUGGCAAUGGGCAACCUCAUCAGCACAUGCAAUACGCCCCUCAGCCAGGAAUGCUGCUACAAACGGGUGCGCACGUGCCUUUGGCAAACAGAACUUCUACGGCAUCCGAAUCAAGGAAACAGUUUCUAUCGUCUCUUGCACCGCUUACGGCUUGUGUCAGCGCUAAUCACCAUGCCAUGGGCAAUCACGAUGACUAUUAUUAUCAGUUAAGUCGACCUGGCGAGCGUGUAAGUGUUGCUAGCAGCGGUACACAAUGUUCCGAAUAUAGUCUUGGAGACAUUGAUGAAGUGUUGAUGAAAACUAUUGCGCCUGCUCCCCCUGCUGUUGGCGUUCAACAGCAAGAUGGCGAGCAGGUGGCACCUGAUGUUAUUGCAGGAACCCCUGGUACUCCUGGAUCUCAAGAAUUGCCAAUCCAAGAUGAAUUAGCUGCAUUUGUUCAGCAAGAUGCUAGUCGUAUAGAACGAAUAAAGAAACGAUACGGUGCAGCAGAAUCUAUAAAUACUAACAACGCAAGUGGAUCUGAUGAUGAGCAUGAUGACUACGGCUUCAACAGACGUCCAUCUGUGCGGGGAAUCAAACCUAGAUUUGGAUCAACUACGGAAAUUCUACAACAGAUGCAAACUCAGCUACAAUCACCGCCGUCUACUUUAACCAAGAAUCAACAUAUACAUCCGCCAGCACAGCACCAGCCAAUGCCAAUUCAAAAACAACUUCCUAAUCAACCACUACCGCAACCUGCUGCUGCAAAUGUUGCGGCAGCCGCUGCUCAACAACAAGCACAAUGGUAUUAUCAUUUCCAAGAUCGAGAUGGUAAUCACAGGCAUAGUUAUCACCAGGAAGAAAAUAUGUACCAGAAUAUCUACGAUCGCCAUCCACAUUACGGUAUGCACCAUCAACAUCCUCAUCAGCACCAUCCGAAUUACACGGCUGCAAGGAGUCCUAGUCGCGGUAGGCCUGAGUCUCCACCUCCUUUGAGAAAUUAUCACCAAACUAUGGUACUGAUACCGUAUAAUAAUCAAGAAGCAGGAUAUGUGCACCAGCCUCAUUACUCCACGAAUGAAGUACAUGCAACGGAAAUGAGGAUGCAUGAUAGGACCCAAGAUAGAUAUAGGCGGUCGUAUCCAAUGAUGGAAUAUCACCAUCAUCAACAGCAGUCUCUUAUUCACGUUGGCCAACAAAUGAUUCGUCUUCCCAUGCCUAACAAUGCUAAUGUGCUACCUCCUGGUAAUGCCCCAACAGGUUAUGCAUCACCUAGCCAAGUUCAAUUACACUUAGUAACCGGACCUGGCCCUAGACCAGCUUAUCCUAUGCGAUACAGUGGACCCCAGCGACAAUAUUCCGACUCUCCACCCGGUAGAAAUCAGCAGCCUCAAUACGCAAAUACUGCUGAGCAACAACAGCAACAAUAUGGAGAUCAACCCCAUGAGGCUUCAAAAUAUUCAACGUUGACCAAAUACCCUGAACGAGGAGUGCCGGAAGGCGCUGCUGCUAUCACCGUUCCUCCUCAGCAAGAUGGGUACACGAUAACAUCCCCGACUGGAGGCAGUCAGACAAACAUAGCACCUGCAACAGAUUCUUCGGCGCCGGUAUUCUAUGCGAUGAACGUCUGA